UUUUGAUUUGAGUUGACAUCAAAUACAAAGUGAGAUUUGAGAAUAUAAUUCAUAAAAACAAUUAAAAUUACUCUAAAGAUGAAAAUAACUACUUUAUUAGGAAUAGCAUCGAUCUUUUCACUCCUUUUUGUGUCUACUAUCCUGGUUUUAAAUAAGGAUAAUAGUAAUCAUUUACUAGAAGAAUUUGAUCAAAAACCAGAUUGCUUCAAUAGUGUAAACGAAUAUAAUCCUAACUUUUAUGUUCCUUACCACUUUUAUGUUUGGAAUACUUGCUCUGUACCAAAAAAAUUCACUAUCACUUACGAUUAUGGUACAAUUUAAACAGAUUGCCUCAAGUAAAAUAUCAAGACAGUUACCCUUAUUCAUGAGAAAACAGUAAAAUUGUAUCAAGUUGAGCAAAGCGAUUGUUGAACUAAAGGAUAAUAAUAUAAUAAAACUUAUAUAUAAUAUUACCUAUAUAUAUUUGAAAGAAUAUAUUAAAAGCAGAAUAUUUUAUAAAAAUCUAUUUUUUAGUAAAUUCAUUUAAAAUUAUAAAAUAAUUAAAAACAAGCAAUU